CGGCGCCGGCAGUGACAGCGGCGGCAGCGGCGUGGGUUGUCGUGACGGUGUUGCGGACAGUCAGCCCGGUGACAGCUCGUGUGACAGUUGGGUGACAGACGCGCAGACUACGGGAGUGUGACGGACGCACGCGCAUCUGUCAACUGGGGAGUGUGAACGAAAGGUAGUGGCCAGGUGCGAGCCUUCCGCAGAGGAGAGACGGAGACGGAAAACGGAAAGAAGCAGCGGACACCGGCGAGGCCCUAGACCGAUAAGCUCUGCCCAAGGGUGAUGAGUCGUUUCUACGGUCGGUGACAUCUGUUGGCGUGUUCUGAAGCAGUGAACACUGAACAGUUCAUCUGGCGUCAUGGGGACCACCAAUGGCGGCAGCGCGUCGCUGCUGGUGUUGCUCACGGUGGCGUUCGUCAGCAGCAGCGCGCAGGAGGUUAACACGGCGACACCGAACGACUACCGAUUCGUCUCGUAUACAGAGCUCCGGCCUACGAUGGACGUGUUCGCGCCCAAGAACGUGACCAGGUUCUCAGAGAUUCUGUUCGACAUACAAAAAUACCAGAUCAUCGUCGGUGCCAGGGACCAUCUGUACCGUCUGAGUGUGCGCGGCCUGCAGGAGCUCGAGUCAGCCUACUGGCCGGCAGACAAGGACGCCGUGAAGAUGUGCGAGAUCAAGGGCCAGACGGCCGUCGACUGUCACAACUUUGUGCGCGUGCUGCACCGCCAUGAGUCGCGCCUGUUAGCCUGCGGCACUCACGCGUUCCAGCCGGUGUGCACGUGGCGGCAGCUGGACGCUCUCGGCACCGUGCAGCGGCGAGAGUCGGGUAUCGCUGUGGCGCCCUACUCGCCGCACCUGAACGUCACCUCAGUGCUCUCCUCUGAGGGAGAUGUGUUCGCUGCUACCCCGACCGACUUCUCCGGCCUCGACCCGGCCCUCUACGGCCGCAAACUGCGCACACAGAAGUAUGAUAGUCGCCUGCUGAGUGCCCCGGACUUUGUCGGGUCGUUCGAGGCCGGGGAUUUUGUCUACUUUGUGUUCCGAGAGGACGCCGUCGAAUACAUGAGCUGUGGCAAGGCGGUGUACUCGAGGAUCGCUCGCGUUUGUAAGAACGACCGAGGUAACGGUCGACACGUAUGGACGACGUUUGUGAAGGCGCGUCUCAACUGCUCUGUGCCGGGCGAGUACCCGUUCUACCUGGACGAGGUACAGAGCAUCCACUAUCUGGACAGGGAGGAGGUGCUCUACGCCACCUUCACCACACCAGAUAACAGCCUGGCCGGCUCGGCAGUGUGCGCCUUCACGAUGGCAUCUAUCAGCGCCGCCUUCCAGGGUCCCUUCCAGCACCAGAGCGCCGCUGGAGGGCCCUGGAAACGCGUCCACCUGGAGGAUCACACCCACUUCGAGUGCCGCUCGCCGGAGGUGACCUCGGGUCAUCAGCUGGCAGCGCUGUAUGACUUUACACUGACGGCUGAGGCGGUGCAGCCGGAGCGACCGGAGCCGCUGCUGCUGCUCGAUGGAGUCAGGCUGACCUCCGUGGCGACUGACGUCAUCACCACCAAGCACCACGUGUCAGUGCACGUGCUGUACGUGGCCGACACGACGGGCACCAUCCGCAAGCUGAGUGUGGUGCCUCGCUCGCGCCAGACCUGCCUGCUGGAGGUGCUGCGGCCAUUCAGCAAGCCCACCCGGGUGCUCACCAUGAAGCUGCUCAGAGAGGCGGCCUCCCUGUACCUGGGUACCGACUCGGGCCUGGUCCGUCUGCCGGUGGAGCGGUGCGGCCGGUACCGCAGUGAGGCCGCCUGUCUGGCCGCCAUGGACCCGUACUGUGGCUGGGACGAGGCGCGCGCUCUCUGCACCCCGCCGCCGGGCCAGGACCCGGGCGUGGCCUCGUGGCUGCAGCCGGUCACCCAGUGUCCCGACCUGAGCCGGCCCGUGGACGGCGGCUGGAGCGCCUGGGGCGACUGGCAGCCGUGCCGCCAGCUGGAGAGCAGCGACGGCGAGGGUGAGCCGGGCGAGCCGUGCCUGUGCCGACGGCGACAGUGCUCGAGCCCGGCGCCGGCGCGCGGCGGCGCCCCGUGCGUCGGCCUGGCCGCCGAGGUGACCAACUGCACGCGCCACGGCGGCUGGACCAGCUGGUCAGCCUGGUCGGCGUGCUCCCACCCGUGCGGCGUGGCCGUCAAGUCGCGCCGCCGCUCGUGCAGUAGCCCAGCGCCGGUGCACGGCGGCCGCGACUGUAGCGGCGACGCCGAGCAGGAGAUUAUGUGCCACUCGAACCCGCCGUGUCCCAGCGAGACCAGCCUGCCGGUGGACGGCGGCUGGGGCCACUGGAGCGCCUGGUCUCGCUGCUCGGCCCGCUGUGGCGGCGGUCUGCGCCGGCGCCGCCGCAGCUGCGACAGCCCUCGGCCGGCCAACGGCGGCCGGCCCUGCGCCGGCUGCGAGCUCGAGUACGGCCAGUGCGGCGGCCAGCCGUGUCCCGAGCAGCGCCGCCUCACACACUGGACGCCCUGGCUGGCGGCGAAUGGCAGCACCGUCGGCCGGCAGCAGCGCUUCAGGUUCGAGUGCCGCGCGCCGGUGCCGGACGCCGCGCUGAUCAGGGUGUCACACGCGCGCAGCGAUGAGCGCCACUGCAACGCCGACGGACAGUGCACGCCAGCCGACUGGACCGGUCUGGGCUGGGGUGACUGGGGCUCCUGGUCACCCUGUUCUGUGCCGUGCGGCGGAGGCGUUCAGACUCGCUCGCGCACCUGUGACGGCCUCCCCUCGGCCUGCCUGGGACCCAGCAGGGUGGAGCAGGCCUGUAACACGGAACGGUGCAAAGGCGACUGGUCGUGCUGGUCGGAAUGGUCGCCCUGCUCCGUUUCCUGCGGGGUCGGCCGGCGCAGUCGACACAGACAGUGCCGACCGCCCGAGGGCGCCGACCCCAGUGACGUCACCUGCGACGGCUCUGACGUCACUGAGGAGCCGUGCGAGAUGCCCAGCUGCAGCAGUCUUGAGGGAUGGAACGAAUGGUCCGUCUGGAGCCAGUGUGAUGUCGGUGGAGAACAGCACCGUGUCAGAGACUGUAUGGUCUCGGAGCCCGGCCAGGAGCUCUGUCAGGGAGUGGACCGGCAGAGCAGACUCUGCGUGGAGACCAACGAUGAUUCGGUGCUGAUGGCGGCCACGGCUGUGGCGCAGGGCGGCGUCAGCGCUGGUCGACUGGUCGGCGCCUGCCUGGGUUGCUUCUGUGCCGGCGCUCUCCUGGCGGCCGCCGGCACGUACUACUACUUACAUAGGCGGCGCUACGGUCGCGUGCCCGGCUCCAAGUACUACGACACACUGCCGAAGCCGGCGGCACCGAACGCCUACCAGAGCGUGCCCGGUGUCCAGGAGCUGGCGGAGCUCCGUAACGGCCGCGGCCGGCACAGCUCCGCCGGCAAAUCGGCCGCCGAGCUGUCCCAACCCGAGAAAACGGCCACGAUCCGCCGCAACGGCAGCCAACGCUACACAUCGGUACUCGGGAGCGAGCUGCGCGCAAACCUGGCGUCAGACACCAUCUACUAACCGCUGCCGGCGGCCGGUGCAGGACUCAGUCUCCAGUACAAAGGGUGCCGCGGCAGGGGGCCGCGCGGCGGACUGGGGCGGCCGUGGCCCGCUGUGCACUGGGUGUGCGAGAGGGCGGGCGGUAAGUGCCGCAUCGCCAGAAUUGUGAUAUCACCUCGGUCAUGCUGUGAUGGACACUGCGGCCAUUCUCAUCCAUGUGUGUGACUGCGUGCGUGUGCGUUUAUGUGUGUUUGUAGCGCCAUUAACUAUGCUUUGCGAACGGUUGUGGGAUGAGACUCAGGUACCUAUUUCAGUGCCUGCGAACAAAUGUUAUAAUUGACGUGACGAGGUACAACAUUAACUGUUAGGUCCGUGUCUAUUUCACGGAGUUCGAUCAUGCCGUGCGAUGCGAUAUUUUUUUUAAAGUGUAUGCGUUUUUAAUGAAGCUGUUUGACAAUGUCGACCAUGAGUAGGUUUAGCUAACCCGCUAUCUUGCUGAGGAGCGACAAUGAAUGGGAACAAUCGUGCACAUACUGAGGUUACCUAUUUCCACCCCGCCAUUUGAGCGACUACUGUGCCUGUCUACCAUCCGUGUUUAUCAAGUGCUGAUUCCAAUGCAUUCUAACAAGUGCGACGGUAUAAUAACAAUUUAACAACCCGAGCGCUUAACUAUUCAAUGUUCCCCCGUCCCACCAUCUUACAAGUUCCGCGCGAUAUACGAUCGCUGUCAGUGUCAUGCCGCCGCGUUUUGUACUGCCUUACGUGCCAACGGGGCGCCCUGGUUGUGUUGUGGACUAUGCAGGACAGGGCAGGCGGGUACGACUGCCCUGUUUCGGCUGUCGACACAGAGACUGUCGACGGAUGGCCGAAAUACACUGGAUUAGAUCGGAAAA